AGAAUGUAUUAGACAACCCUGCUGUUAGGUCUUGUAUGUGCUUAACAGAGAUUAUUUGUUAUAGUUUUGGAACGUACCCGUUAGGAAAGACGCACAUAACUUUAUUAAUUUCAGAAAGAUUAAGUCGAGAGGAAGUAAAGUUUGUAUAUUUAAAAAUCGUGUCGGUACUGGUUUUAUGUUGAGUAAAUAGCUGUAAACUUUUCUUAAGUAAGAUUUGUGGGUAAUUUUCCAUCUUUGUGCUAUCAAAAAAUUGGUUGGUUGUUGAAAUUAGAGGGGGAUCUUUUCCAAGAUAUAAGAUUUUUACUGUGGUGUGGAAACUACGCUUAUCUUUGUUUGAUUGUUGUCUUACGAGCGUAUUGUGAUAAGAUGGCCGUUAGUGCUCGUCGGGUUUCUAAGGCUGUAAACAGUAAGCGAACAAAUUGGGAGGAAGACGAGUGUUGGUGGUAUUAUAACAUGUUACCUCUACACCAGGUUUUCGAGAUUGUAGGCUCACAGCUUAAUGAAAACGAUGUUAGAGUCUUAUCUUGUUUGUUAGAAGAGACUGAGCCACAACCUCUCCACCCGCUCCACCCCACUUUGUGGUCUGUGGAUAGGUCGGAAGAGGAGACUGACGAGGAGGUGACUGCGAAUUUCUUAACCUCUUGGUGGGAAAAUAAACAGCGCCGAUCUAGGAUUGAUGGGCAGGGGGUCACUGAGAGUAAUGGUUGUGGUGAAGGUUCUUUUACUCCUCGAAGUGGGGUAGAAUUUCUGUUUGAACUUGAGCGGAGAGGCUUGUGUGACGAGUCAAAUUUGCGUUAUUUGAUGCAGCUUCUUAGAAUCCUCACGCGCCAUGAUCUGCUGCCCUACGUUAAUAUGAAAAAACGGAGAACAGUUUCUCCUGAAAGGUACAGCUGCGGUUCCUAUAGUUAUGAUGCCGAAAAGCAGGUGGAUGAAUGUUUGAACUCUGCCUCAAGACCAGAGCAAGACCAGUGGAGAGCAGGUGUAACCCCAAAUAAACGAAAGCGGGCAACUCGAAAGGAAUUGCAGCAAAAUACUAACGGGAGAACAUGUGACAACACACAUCAGGAACGUCCUGCUCAAAACAGAGUUACAUGUGACAUAAGGCUUAGAGUACGAGCAGAGUAUUGUGAGCAUCAUUCAAUUCUGAAUGGAAGUGUGUUAUCUGUGAAGCAGAACCCCUUGGAGAAACAGUUUGAUCUCUUCAGUCAGUCGACUAAUGUUUUAAAGUCUCGAGACCUGGGAUCAAUUAUUUGCGACAUAAAGUUUUCAGAGCUUUCAUACCUUGAUGCAUUCUGGAAUGAUUAUAUGAAUGGCUCUUUAUUAGAGGCACUUAAGGGUGUAUUCAUCACAGAUUCACUGAAGCAGGCAGUGGGACAGGAGGCCAUUAAACUUAUGGUAAAUGUAGACGAGGAUGAUUAUGAAGAAGGAAGAAAACUUUUACUGGAGAAUCUCUCCCAAUAAAUGGGACACAGCGGUUCCAUUGACCAGUAAUUUAUUUGAGCACUUUGAUAAAGUGGUAUCAAGUCAUCCAUUUGGGUGAAGAAAACGAAUCUUCGUUACAUAGGCCAUCUUGAAUGGACAUUAAUGGUGACAUCUGGAUUCAAAUUUGCACGUUUAUUGAAGGCUGGAAGGAAACUGGACUAGAUUAAAGAUAUUGGUGACAACGUGCAACUUCCAAACCCAUUUCAUUUGGACUUGGUCUUUUUGAUUAAAUUAAUAUUGAGUUUAUUCAUUGUUCAUUUAGCUUUAAUGCACAGAGAACUGGCAGUAGUUCUACCUUGACAGUUUGCAAGAAAUCUGUCUUAUUUUCUUUCUUGAAGAAAGAUUAGUUUUUGCUUAAGUUGUUAUACUGGUCAUUCCAGAUGGGUUUCUACAUAGUGUGGAGGUAGUUGCCAGUCCUCACACAAAAGGGGGGGGGGUCCUUUCUAUGAAUGAGAAGCAUUGUGCGCUCAGAUGUGAAUGAGAAGCAUUGUGCGCUCAAAUACCCCAGGGUGGUGGUGGUCACGCAAGUACUAAGUGUGUUGCAUGCUUGAUGUUUACUCUGUGCCUUCCAAAGUGGACUGCUAGAAUUUUAAUUGCGUCUGCUGAUCCAGAGGGCAUGUUUGUCUUAUAAAAAGUAAACUGAAAUUUGGCAGUUGUAGCAGUAGUGCAAGAUGCAGGAAGUACAUCUAUGGGUAGUACCUUAUCCGGCUUUUUCUUUUUAACUUUGGUGGCUUUACAGCAGUGUGCUAGGCAGCAGAAUUGGAGUGUGGCGGGCCUUGGUUGGGAAGCUUUAUCCUUUGUACAGCUGCAUGCAACUCUGGCUUCACACACCCCACAAAUAGGCAAAUAUCAAAGUUGAAGCAGAUCCACCCUUUCCCCUAAUGCUUCGUGGAAGUUUAUUUGGGAGGAGGGGCUUGGUUUGUUCCCAGGGGUUUAUAACAUCACUUUUUUUUUUUUGUAUUAUAGUUUUUGUAUUUUUAUGUAAAUGAAGAUGGUAAAACUUGAAUUGAGUAUAUAUGUUUAAUAUUUGUAUAUUUAAAUCCCUAAGCAGAAUUUUGAGCUUUCCAAGAAAGUUCCUACAGUAUUGUACAUUAAAAAAAAAAAUUUGUUUUUCAUCUGUUUUAAAUAAAAACCAGAAAUUUAAACUC